AUGUACAAAAUUGGUCAAUUGGCUAAUGAAGGGUACAAAGAUUGGCAUAACUUGAGUCGUAGUCUGAAAAAUCAUGAAGCAAGUAAGGAACAUAUUGAUUGUAUGAUUAAUUGGAUUGAAUUGGAGAAAAGGUUGGAAAAAAAUAAGACAAUUGAUGAUAGUAUACAAGUAGAAAUCAACAAAGAGAAAGAGCAUUGGAGACAACUAUUAAAGAGGAUAAUUGCUAUUGUGCAUAGAUUGGCAAAAAACAACUUGGCAUUUCGAGGAGAUUAUGAGAAAAUUUAUGCUGAAAACAAUGGCAAUUUUUUGCAAAUGAUUGAAAUGAUAGCAGAGUUUGAUCCAAUAAUGAAAGAACACAUUCGUCGGAUACAAUCAAGUGAAACUCAUUAUACAUAUCUUGGUCCUAAAAUCCAAAAUGAGUUGAUACAGAUGUUGGCACAUGAAGUGAAAAAAUCAAUCAUUGCAAAAGUUAAAAAGGCCAAAUAUUAUGCAGUUAUACUAGAUUGUACUCCAGAUGCAGGUCAUGAGGAACAAAUGUCCCUUGUAAUACGUUGUGUGGAUGAUUCAGCAACCUCUGCAGUGAUAGAAGAAUAUUGGGUUGAAUUUUUGAAGGUAGAUGAUACAUCAGGACUUGGACUUUUUACUGAGUUAAAAACUGUGUUGAAAAAUCUUGGACUUAAUCUUGAUGAUAUAAGAGGCCAAGGAUAUGACAACGGAUCAAAUAUGAAAGGAAAACAUAAUGGAGUGCAGAGAAGAUUAUUAGAUAUUAACCCUAGAGCUUUCUAUACUCCUUGUGGAUGUCACAGCCUAAAUUUGGCAUUAUGUGAUAUUGCGAAUUGUUGUCCUCAAGCUAUGUCAUUUUUUGGAGUAAUACAACGGAUAUAUAAAUUGUUCUCAUCUUCUACCAAGCGAUGGAAAAUUUUCAAACAUCACGUGGAAGGUUUAACACUUAAGCCAUUGUCACAAACCCGUUGGGAAAGUCACGUUGAAAGUGUGAGACCAAUAAAAGAACAAAUUUCAAAGAUAAGAGAUGCUUUACUUGACUUAGCAGACAUGGGUGAUGAUCCAACAGGAAAGAGUGAGGCUGAGUCUUUAGCAACACAUGAUCUUGAAAAUUUUGAAUUCUUGGUUGGUUUGGUAAUUUGGUAUAAGUUGUUGCAUUCAGUAAAUAUUGUAAGCAAGAUUCUCCAAGCUGAAGAUGUAGAUAUUGAUGUUGCUAUUAAACAUAUAAAGGGUCUUAUGUUGAAUUUUGAAGAAUAUAGAGAACAUGGAUUUGAAAAGGCUGUUAAUGAAGCUAAACAAAUGGCAAAUGAAUUGGGAAUUGAAGCUUCAUUCAAGGAAAAACGUAUUAUUAGAAGAAAAAGCAGUUUGAUGAAACUGUUACAAAUGAGUUUGGAGAAAUUAAAGUGUGUUGAUGAUGAUAAUUUGUUAAGAUCUUGUGAAAAUCUUGAACAAUGUGUAAAGCAGAAUGAUAAGUCUGAUAUUGAUGGACAUGAGUUAUUCAUGGAGUUAACUCUUUUGAAGUAUUCUUUACCAACACAAGCAAAAAGAGCAAUAGACGUGUUGAAUCAUCUCAAAGAUGUGGAUGGUUGUUAUCCGAAUGCUUAUAUUGCUUACAGAAUUUUGUUGACUAUACCAGUUACAGUUGCAACUGCCGAAAGAAGUUUCUCGAAGUUGAAAUUGAUCAAAAAUUAUCUUCGAUCAACUAUGUCACAAGAAAGAUUGAACGGGCUGGCCAUGCUGUCAAUUGAGAAGAAAAUUGUGGAAUAUCUUGAUUACUCAUGCUUAAUUGAUAUUUUUGCAUCAAAAACGACAAGACGUGUUAUAUUUAAGUGA